AUGGCGGACCACAGCUGCAUCAGAGGUUUGAAUUCGCCGCUGUUGUGGCUUUUUUCUGUGCAAUCUUUAAUCAAAUUGUGUUUGUCUUUUCUCGCGUUGAGAGCUGUAGUGGUCGAGGGUCAAACUGAAGAUGCAUUCCGAGCAGGAAAUACCGUUGUUUCACCGGUCGCUGCAGCAGCACGGGAUCUACGGUAGGGGGAGCAGGCUAAACACAUUGGCCUACCUAUGCUGUAAACCUGCUGUAGCCUGUAUUUCAAUAUUGUAUUAGGGACGCAUAGAAUAUCCGUUAUUUGCUUCUAUAGCAGUCAUUUCAGUUUUAAAAAUGUGCUCAAUAUUUAGGAUACAUAAUGUAAUCAGAAAACAUUCUUCAAACUGAGAAUAAAUCAAAUCUGCCUGGUACUAUCAAACCUGUAGGGCAGGCACAACACUAACACAACAUGUUCAAAUGUAGGCUACAGUUGUCCGCCUGACCGCCGAUGAGUGAACAUCACCUUCCCUGCGUACCUGGGAAGUAUAGCUCACUGCAGUGAAGUGAGCCGACACUCGCAAAGCCAUCCGUCUUCAGUUUCCGUCUGAAUUUGUGCGCAAAUACACAACACUUUACGGUAUCGCGUGUUUUCUGGUUGUGAAACAGCAACAGUCACGCACAGAUAGAUUAUAUCUACAAAUAAUUCUCAGGGUCAGGGUGUGCCGUCUUUUCAAGAAAACGUGUCAGCCAUACCUGCCCACAAUAUACAUAAGGACAGACAUAAAGGAAGAAAUCAUAGUCCUACCAGAUAGCACACUACAGACCUGUAUAUUGUCAGUAAACAACAUUUGUUGAAAUCGCAGAAAGAUAAAGCGGACUAGCCCUCAGGCUGGAAAAACAAGUUUGUUAAGAUUUACAGAUGUGAAAAAUGGCUAUCCUUUGGCAAACAUUUUUUGAAGGGAAGUACGUGUGCAGACGUGACAAAAUGUUUACCAUCCAAUUUUACUGUGUUAAAAUUAUAAUCCAUCAAAGUUCACUGUAAAAUAAAGUAAACUUGUGUUUUUCCAAUGUUGAAGCUGGCAUAAUGUGGCCAUGUUAUGCUUUGCAAUUUUAAUGACAAUGGAUUACUAAUGUAUUAGUGGCAGACAUAUUGCAAAAUGUUUACCAUCCAUUUUUACUGUAUUAAAAUGUAAUUAUGCGGCAGAUAGCUUAGUGGUAAAGAGCGUUGUGCCAGUAACCGAAAGGUUGCUGGUUCUAAUCCCUGAGCCAACUAGGUGAAAAAUCUGUCGGUGUGCCCUUGAGCAAGGCACUUAACCCUAAUUGCUCCUGUAAAUCGCUCUGGAUAAGAGCGUCUGCUAAAUAACAAAAAUAAAUAAAAUAAAUAAUAAAUUACCUCAAAUUUCACUGUAAUAUAGAAUAACCAGUUAUAUUAACCCAUAUUUUAAGAUGGCAUAAUAUGGGCAUCGUAUCAAAAUAAUUGUUGAUAAGGCGCUUGUCUCUAUCUGUGCAUGACAGUGCAUCUUACUCAGUUUCCCUACCAGAAAACACAUGAUACCUUAAAGUGUUAUGUAUUCGCGCACACAAAUUGGCUCACUUGACCGCAGUGUCUAGCUCCAACAGAACUCAUGUUUAUGAGGCUGCCAGCCAGGCGCAUAGCGCAUAGCCUAAUAGAACACAAUAAGACAUAUAAUUCUAUCUCUAUAUCUUUAUGCUGCCAGGUACCUGCUUUACGACAUCAACCCCCCAGAGGGUUUCAACCUGCGUCGGGAUGUGUACAUUCGCAUGGCAUCCCUGGUGAAGACCCUGAGGAGACACAGUGACUGGGUGCUGGUGCUGCCCCCCUGGGGACGUCUCUACCACUGGCAAAGCCCAGACAUCCACCAGAUCAGGAUCCCCUGGGGAGAGUUCUUCAGCCUCACCAGCCUGCAGGGCAACGUGCCUGUCAUAGAGUACGAGGAGUUUAUAGCUGGUGAGUUCAGCAGUCUCAUACCCUUUCCACACUACUGAACUGACCUGAGACGAACUGAGCUGGGCCUCGUUUCCCAGAGCCUUCAUAGCAUUAAGAUCAUCGUUAGAACCAUCUUUCAAUAUAUCUUUAGUAGCCGAUGAGACAUCCCGAAAAUUGUUCUUCUCACGAAACCGCCUGUAGCGUCCGAACGGUUUGGCCUACAAACUAUUAUGAACACUCUAUGGCAGGAUGAGACACUCACGAACACAAACGUCACAGGACUCAGCCAGGCCCAGCCAAUCAGAAUUAGUUUUUCCCCAUAAAAGGGCGUUAUUACAGACAUAAAUACUCCUCAGCACCCCCUCCCACUCCUCAGACAAUCCCGCAGGUGAAAAAGCCGGAUGUGGAGGUCCUGGGCUGGCGUGGUUACACGCGGUCUGUGGUUGUGAGGCUGGUUGGAUGUACUGCCAAAUGCUCUAAAAUGACGUUGGAGGUGGCUUAUGGUAGAGAAAGUAACAUUAAAUUAUAUGGCAACAGCUCUGUUGGACAUUCCUGCAGUCAGCAUGCCAAUUGCACGCUCCCUCAAAACUUGAGACAUCUGUGGCAUUGUGUUGUGACAAAACUGCAAAUUUUGGAAUGGCCUUUUAUUGUCCCCAGCACAAGGUGCACUUGUGUAAUGAUCAUGCUGUUUAAUCAGCUUCUUGACAUGCCACACCUGUCAGGUGGAUGGAUUAUCUUGGCAAAUGAGAAAUGAACACUAACAGGGUUGUAAACAAAUUUGUGCACAAAAUUAAGCUUUUUGUGCUUAUGGAACAUUUCUGGGAUCUUUUAUUUCAGCUCAUUAAAAAUGGGAACCAACACUUUACAUGUUGGGUUUAUAUUUUAGUUCAGUAUACAUGUCGGUUGUUUUGCUCUAGGACGCCCACAAGCCUCUCAAGACCUGUCUGAAGGUCCCCUGUACCAGUUUCAAAAAGUUAUGGAAGUAUACAGUGCAUUCGGAAAGUAUUCAGACCCCUUUUCCACAUUUUGUUACGUUACAGCCUUAUUCUUAAAUGGAUAGAAUAUUUAUUUUUUCUCAUCAAUCUAUCCACAAUACCCCAUAAUUACAAAGCGAAAACAGGUUUUUACAGAAAUACCUUAUUUACAUAAGUACUCAGACCCUUUGCUAUGAUACUUGAAAUUGAGCUCAGGUGCAUCCUGUUUCCAUUGAUCAUUCUUGAAAUGUUUCUACAACUUGAUUGGAGUCCACCUGUUGUAAAUUCAAUUGAUUGGACAUGAUUUGGAAAGGCACACACCUGUCUAUCUAAGGUCCCACAGUUGACAGUGCAUGUCAGAGCAAAAACCAAGCCAUGACGUCGAAGGAAUUGUCCGUAGACCUCCGAGACAGGAUUGUGUCGAGGCACAGAGCUGGGGAAGGGUACCAAACAUUUCUGCAGCAUUGAAGGUCCCCAAGAACACAGUGGCAUCCAUCAUUCUUAAAUGGAAGAAGUUUGGAACCACCAAGACUCUUCCUAGAGCUGGCCGCCCGGCCAAACUGAGCAAUCAGGGGACAAGGGCCUUGGUCAAGUAGGUGACCAAGAACCUGAUGGUCACUCUGACAGAGCUUCAGAGUUCCUCUGUGGAGAUGGGAGAACCUUCCGGAAGGACAACCAUCUCUGCAGCACUCCACCAAUCAAGCCUUUAUGUUAGAGUGGUCAGACGGAAGCCACUCCUCAGUAAAAGGCACACGACAGCCAGCUUGGAGUUUGCCAAAAGGCACCUAUUGACUCCCAGACCAUGAGAAACAAGAUUCUCUAGUCUGAUGAAACCAAGAUUGAACUCUUUGGCCUGAAUGCCAAGCGUCACGUCUGGAGGAAACCUGGUACCAUCCCUACGGUGACUGGGGCAAAGGUUCACCUUCCAACAGGACAACGACUCUAAGCACACAGUCAAGACAACACAGGAGUGGCUUUGGGACAAGUCUCAAUGUCCUUGAGUGGCCCAGCCAGAGCCCAGACUUGAACCCGAUCUAACAUCUCUGGAGAGACCUGAAAAUAGCUGUGCAUCAACGCUCCCCAUCCAACCUGAGCUUGAGAGGAUCUGCAGAGAAGAAUGGGAGAAACUCCCCAAAUACAGGUGUGCCUAGCUUGUAGCGUCAUACCCAAGAAGACUUGAGGCUGUAAUCGCUGCCAAAGAUGCUUCAGCAAAGUACUGACAAAAGGGUCUGAAUACUUAUAUAAAUGUGAUAUUUCAGUUUUUAUUUGUAAUACAUUUGCUAAUCUUUCUAAAAACCUGUUUUUGCUUUGUCAUUAUGGGGUAAUGUGUGUAGAUUGAGGAUUUUUUAAAUUUAUUGUUUUAAUCAUUUUAGAAUGAGGCUGUAACUUAAAAAUGUGGAAAAAGUGAAGGGGUAUCAAUACUUUCAGAAUGCACUGUAUAUGGAGAUAGUUCAGUGCCUAAAAUAAGGGGAAAAUAUAUGUCAAAGAAAAUAGUUUCCUGAUCCUCUUAUAUCUCUCAGAUAUAGGACAGACACACUUCAGAACAAACUUCCUUUUGAUUUUUUGGGGGACUAUCUGUUGUUCCAUGUGGUGAAUCUGUUAUUCAAUGCGUUUCUAUUGGCUAAUAGCAAUCUUUAUUUUUUAUUUUUUAUUUUACACCUUAAAAUAGAUUUAAUUGUCAUUUUCUGUCAACGAUCUUCACUAAAUACUCUGUAAUGUCAAAAUGGAAGAAAAAUGUGAACAUUAAAACACAAAUAUAUGUUGAUUAGAUAAAUAUUCAACCCCCUGAGUCAAUACGUUAUAAUCACUUUUGGCAACGGUUACAGCUGUGAGUCUAGCAUUUUGCCUGUGCUUAGCUCUAUUCCUAAAAAAAAAACAGAUGACAAGCAAACCCAGAAACAUGAUGCAGCCACCACAAUGCUUGAAAAUAUGAAGAGUGGUGCUCAGUGAUGUGUUGUGUUGGAUUUGCCCCAAACAUAACCGCUCUGAAUUCAGGACAAAAAGUUAAUUUCUUUGUUUACAGUUUUACUUUAGUGCCUUAUUGCAAACAGAAUGCAUGUUUUGGAAUAUUUUAUUCUGUACAGGCUUCCUUCUUUUCACUCUGUCAUUUAGGUUAGUAUUGUGGAGUAACUACAAUGUUGUUGAUCCAUCUUCAGUUAUCUCCUAUCACAGCCAUCAAACUCUGUAACUGUUUUAAAAUCACUGUUGGCUUCGUGGUAAAAUCCCUGAGCGGUUUCCUUCCUCUGCGGCAACUGAGUUUGGAAGGACGCCUGUAUCUUUGUAGUGACUGGGUGUAUUGAUACACCAUCCAAAGUGUAAUCAAUAACUUCACCAUGCUCAAAGGGAUAUUCAAUGUAUGCUUUUUUCUUUAUACCCAUCUACCAAUAGGUGCCCUUCUUUGCGACCCUUUGGAAAAUCUCUCUGGUCUUAGUGGUUGAAUCUGUGUUUGUAAUUCACUGCUCGACUGAGGGAUCUUACAGAUAAUUGUAUGUGUGGGGUACAGAGAUGGGGUAGUAAUUUUAAAAAAUCAUGUUAAACACUAUUGCACACAGAGUGAGUCCAUUCAACUUAUUAUGUGACUUGUAAGGAGCAUUUUUACUCCUGAGCUUAUUCAGGCUGUAACACAACAAAAUGUGGAAAAAGUCAAGGGGUGUGAACUUUCUGAAGGCACUGUACAUGUGCCUAUGAAUGUUAUUUAAAUCAUAUUGAAAUCAAUUUAAUGUUCAAUCAAUGUAAUUAUAUUUUGCGACUAGGCUGCUGUCUGUAAUUUUUGCCUGAAUGUGUUUCAUGAUAUGUGACAACAUGUGUGCAAUGAUGUGUCCAAUCUGUGAUUUAGUGCAUUAUUAUUGGGUAAGCAUAAUAAUCCGCCGCAAUAGCCUGUUUGCAGCCAUAGGUGGUAAUAUCUCUCUAGGAGCUGAUCCGUCGUCAGUAUUUUGGAAUAAUUCUAAUGUUAAGGUAAGAUUUGAAUGGAGAAUGCUGAUCAGAGAGCAGCACUGCUUUUCUUUCGCCACAUGAUCUAAUGACACACUUAGUGAACGUUCUCUCUAUGUGCUUGUUGGGAAACAAAAAGUUGGCUCAUAAAUAACAAUGCAUCUGGUAUGAUCAUCGUAAUGCUUAAGUUACAUCGCAACUGGGAAACGAGGCCCUGUACUGGGCUGGCCUGGUUUUGCAUCCAUCAUAGUUGCUGGGAUCGUGCUGGAAAGGCCAAUGUAAAAGGCAAAUAUCAGAGUAGCAUUCUGGUCACCCCUCAGACAUUUGAGUAAAUAUCCAUGUUUUUGUGGUUGGUCGACUUUACCUGACGUUUGGCUGAUUUCAAUUUUUUCCUCUGUUAAUGAUUGUUCCAAUGGUAAAAAUAAUGCAUAAUGAUGCAUGGUUAUAAAGGCUUAUACGUGCUUAGAACAAGAUAUAAAACAUUAUACCUUCAGGCUUAAAGUAAAGUGUUAUAUUUCCAUGUUUUUGGCUCCAGAGUCUGGAGGCCCAUUUAUUGAACAGGUCCUGGUGCUACAGAACUACGCUGAAGGGUGGACUGACGGGAAAUGGGAGGAGAAAGUGGACGAGCGACCCUGCGUUGAGCGGUUAAUGUACUCCAAAGACAAACAGGGUUAUUACAGGUACAGUAAUCACCAGGUUCAGAGAUGGAUAGGAACAUAACGGAUUCAACACAAUACAUUCAAAAGAUUCAUAUGACUACUGCAUGUAGACACUAACAAUGAGUCUGUCAUCUGUGCUUACCUACCUUUAUGUCUCGCAAAGUUCAAUUAUCAAAGGUAGCUCAGCUGGUAGAGCACGGCGCUUGUAACGCCAAGGUAGUGGGUUCGAUCCCCGGGACCACCCAUACACAAAAAAAAAUUAUGCACGCAGGACUGUAAGUCGCUUUGGAUAAAAGCGUCUGCUAAAUGGCAUAUUAUUAUUAUUAUUAUUAUUAUUAUUAAUUAUAAAUUAUUAAAAUGUGUUCUAUGGCAGUGGAACAAGCUUUAGUAGUUGUAGUAGUAGCAGUAGUAGUAUAGUCGGUGUAGUGAGUAUGACUUAUAUUCGUAUAAAUAAAAUCAUCAUGUUCGUUAUGAGCAGUUUUCCCUAAUUUGAAAACAUUUCCUUCCUUUCUUUCCUCUCCUUCCUCUCCCUCUGUUAGAGGCUGGUUUUGGGGCUAUGAGGAAACCAGGGGUGUGAACGUCACUUGUCUGUCAGCUCAGGGCCACGCCUCCAUCCUGGCACCACUCCUGCAGAACAACAUCACAUCAACGUGAGUCAAUAAAUGUCCAUGUGUUUGGCUAAGAUAGAUACAAUUAUUGAAUCCUUGACUCAGUCCAAAUCUUCUUGUCUACGGAUGUGAUAUCAUUAUAACACUAUUACAGGUUUAAUGUGGACUUCCUAUUUAAACUAAAACAAAAAGUCAUAUUCUAGAGUUGGCAGCAUCGUCUUUAUUGGAUUUGCUGUAUGUACUGUAUGAGAUGUGGACGUGUUCACUGAUGGAGCUCUUUCCUUUCAUAUCCCCACAGAUCAGUGAUGUUGGACAAAGCAGAGACUGUCCUCCAUGAUCACUACGCAGGAAAGGACUACUGGGAUGUAAGUCUGAUGUCAAGUUGUAAAGAAUGUAUCUAUGUCUGGUAAUGGUUGAUAGCCUACAAUCAUAGAUAAGAUACUGUAGUGACAAGAUGAUUAACUAAAUCGUGCAUUUCAAUGCCUCUACUUUUUUCAAAUGAAUUGAUCGUCAUCACAAUUGUACCUUAUUACCACUAAUUUAAAGUGACUGUUGCAAAAUAGUUGAAGAGAUUUUCGAUGUGCCGAUUCCAUGGCACAUGGUUUAUAAACUGAUAAACAAAACAAAGCCGUAUUCAAAUCUUAAAUUAUUAUACAAAAUUAUUGCAACCAAUAGAAUGUUAUGUAUAUGGGCGAUACAACCAUCCCAGCUCUGCAGACUUUUGCUAAAAAUAGACAAAAUCAUUAGAUCACUUGUUUUGGUACUGUCCAUACAGUGCCUUCUGAAAUUAUUCAGACCCCUUGACUUUUUCCACAUUUUGUUAGGUUGCAGCCUUAUUCUAAAAAUUGAUUAAAUUGUUUGUUUUUCCUCAUCAAUCUACACACAAUACCCCAUAAUGACAAAGCAAAAACUGUUUUUUUGAAAUGUUUGCUAAUUUAUAAAAAAUAAAAAAAACUGAAAUUUUACAUAAGCAUUCAGACCCUUUACUCAGUACUUUGUUGAAGCACCUUUGGCAGCGAUUACAGCAUUGAGUCUUCUUGGGUAUGAUGCUACAAGCUUGGCACACCUGUGUUUGGGGAGUUUCUCCCAUUCUUCUCUGCAGAUCCUCUCAAGCUCUGCCAGGUUGGAUGGGGAGCGUUGCUGCACUGCUAUUUUCAGAUCUCUCCAGAGAUGUUUGAUCGGGUUCAAGUCCGGGUUCCAGAGAAUUGUCCCGAAGCCACUCCUGCGUUGUCUUGGCUGUGUGCUUAGGUUCGUUGUCCUGUUGGAAGGUGAACCUUUGCCCCAGUCUGAGGUCCUGAGCGCUCUGGAGCAGGUUUUCAUCAAGGAUCUCUCUGUACUUUUCUCUGUUCAUCUUUGCCUCGAUCCUGACUAGUCUCCCAGUCCCUGCCGCUGAAAAACAUCCCCACAGCAUGAUGCUGCCACCACCAUGCUUCACCGUAGGGAUGGUGCCAGGUUUCCUCCAGACGUGACGCUUGGCAUUCAGGCCAAAGAAUUAAAUCUUGGUUUCAUCAGACCAGAUAAUCUUGUUUCUCAUGAUCUGAGAGUCUUUCGGUGCCUUUUGACAAACUCCAAGGGGACUGUCAUGUGCCUUUUACUGAGGAGUGGCUUCCGUCUGGCCACUCUACCAUAAAGGCCUGAUGGGUGGAGUGCUGCAGAGAUGGUUGUCCUUCUGGAAGGUUCUCCCAUCUCCACAGAGGAACUCUGGAGCUCUGUCCGAGUGACCAUCAGGUUCUUGGUCACCUCCCUGACCAAGGCCCUUCUGCCCCAAUUGCUCAGUCUUCUGCCCCAAUUGCUCAGUUUGGGCGGGCUGCCAGCUCUAGGAAGAGUCUUGGUGGUUCCAAACUUCUUUCAUUUAAGAAUGAUGGAGGCCACUGUAUUCUUGGGGACCUUCAAAUCUGCUGAAAUGUUUUGGCACCCUUGCCCAGAUCUGUGCCUCGACACAAUCCUGUCUCGGAGCUCUACGGACAAUCCCUUCAACCUCAUGGCUUGAUUUUUACUCUGACAUGCACUGUCAACUGUGGGACCUUUUAUAUAGACAGGUGUGUGCCUUUCCAAAUCAUGUCCAAACAGGUGGACUCCAAUCAAGUUGUAGAAACAUCUCAAGGAUGAUCAAUGGAAACAGGAUGCACCUGAGCUCAAUUUCGAGUCUCAUAGCAAAGGGUCUGAAUACUUAUGUAAAUUAGGUAUUUCCGUUUUUUGUUUUUAAUAUAUUUUUUAAAAAUGUCUUUAAAAAAAAAUGUUUUUGCUUUGUCAUUAUGGGGUAUUGUGUGUAGAUUGCUGAGGAAAUUGUUUUAUUUAAUUCAUUUUAGUAUAAGGUUGUAACGUAACAAAAUGUGGAAAAAGUCAAGGGGUCUGAAUACUUUCCGAAGGCACUGUAUGUAGCUUGUUUUUGGUCGCAGGUUCAGGAAUGGCUGAAGAAUUCAAACAUUUAUCUGGAGCUAACUGCUGUGUGACUUGAAAAGCCAGAGUCAAUUGAUCAAUAAUAAUACAAUACUUUUAGUAAAAAAUUUCAUCUUUAAUUUACACUCUAGAAACUAUGAGAAUCGAAAGAUUCAGAACUUUUGGGAAACAUUACAGCACAGUUGAAAAAUAUAUGGCAAUUAGAAAUCAAAACUGAAUGGUUUUCAGAGAUACUGUAGAUGGGAGGGGUUGAGGGUAGCUGAAGGGUGGGACUAAAAACAAAGAAAAAAUAUAUAACUAAUGUAAAAUAUACAGUGUCCGUAAAAUGUAUGUAGACUGUAUAAGCUGGAAUUAGAAGAAUAAGUAUUGUUUUCUAUUAGUUUACUCCAAUUAGGAAAGGGGUGGUAGGGUUAGGGGAAAAUAAUAAAUAAUAUAUGGGGUAUUGAAAAUGAUGCAGACAAUUACAUUGAUAGAAGCCACAAUCUAUGCAAAAUUAAAGCUGAUCUACCCCCUACAUUUUUUUAUAAUAAAAUAAAAUAAUGUCCAUUUGAAAAUCUCACUUUUAAAAGUUAAUAUUCUGUUAAAUCAUAUCCAAAUAAUGCUGUUAACUUAUCCUAUACUCGUAUUUGUGGCCAAAGCAUAAAUAGGAGGGGGGAAAAAACACUUAAAAAACCAUACCUCAAACUUGUCAAACAGACCAUUUCAAAAAUGCUUUCUAUUUCCUCAUAGAGGAUUAUGUUAUCCUCCUGAGGAGAAUGAGCUGGCCAAUCAGCGACGUACUCGCAUGAAUCUUUUUUAUGACUGGUAUACACCCACACCAUUCUGUUGUUGGGGUACGCACGCACUAUUCCAACACAGAAGCUGCUUUUUAACAUACUUUAAACUAUUUUACUCAUAUUGUAAUUAAUUAUAGAUCGUAUUUCAUAGAAAUCUGGUAACACUGGAUAGUUACUUUAAUGCAGAGUAGUGAAUAGUUCCUUCCUGAUUUGUUUAACACUCCCCCAUUUUGCCUGUCUUUUUGUGUCUUCUCUCUAGACUCGCCGCAGUAUGGUCUUUGCCAAACACCUGCGUCUCCUAGGGGACGAGUUUCGAGCAAAGUACCUGAACUCCACAGACGAGCUGGACCAGACCGUAUACAAUGAAGACUGGACUCGCAUUAAGGUUUUCAGACCUCCUUCACAUACAUCCACGCCUUGCACAUUUCAAUUAUAUGUAUUUAUCUAUGCACAUUGAUUACUUGUUGCACUAGCAACAUGUACUGUGUGGGAAAAAUGGAGGGAAAUGUCUUAAGCUAUGAAUAGUUCUGGUUUGCCAUUGGUGGCUGAUUUGGAUUGGGCAUGAGUGGUUUGACAUGUUAUUCAUUUCUGUGUGUAAACUCAGAAUAAGCUGGGUUCUGCCAGAGGGGGGCCGUACUUGGGUGUCCACCUGAGAAGGAAGGAUUUUAUCUGGGGUCACAGAGAGGAUGUGCCCAGCCUCAAAGGAGCUGUCAAGAAGAUCAGGAACCUCAUGAAGAAAAGCAAACUAGACAGAGUCUUUGUUGCCACUGACGCAGAUGAGGAAGGUACUGUUGUACUUUGGUGCCAAUGAGAUGGAUUGAUAUUGAAUGUAGAAUACAGAAGUUGAAAAAAAAAGCCAUUCAUAUUUACAGCCAUAAGAAAAUAAAAACAAUAAUUGUGUUAGGAAUUGGAAUUUCAAUUGACUUUUGAAAUGGAAUUGACCCCAUCCGUAUAACCCAGUACAGAGAAUGCCUACAUCAAGGCUUGGCAGGUUUAUACUGUGUAGCCUACUCCACAGAGAGUCUGUGGUUUAUACAACGAUAUUAAGGAUGCUCUUUUUCGUCAGCUCUCCAGACAAAAUGAUAAUUUUAACGGUCUAGAUUAAAAGAAUAAAUUGUGUGACAUUUUAUCAGGUAACAAUAAUGUAAAUGUCUGUGCCAAAGCCUGCCACCUUAUCCUCCAAUGGGGACUUUUCUUUAUAAGUGCCUAAUUCACCUUUUUCCUACUAUUUUUUGAUUAUGCUUACAUGUGUAUGAUGUAAUGUAUUAUACAGUAGAUGAUGCCUGUACCAUCUUUGACUAUGAUUGUUUUUUAGUGUCUCAAAACUAAAUUUGAGUGGUCCACAAUGUUUUUGUUGUUGUUGUUUUUGUAUUAUUGUAUCAUUGUGGAGUGACACUUAAAUACACUUUUCUAAUCUAAUCUCUAGACCUAGAGAAUAGGGCCAGUCAGAGUAUGGCUCUAGGGCCAGUGUGUUCCUGAUGAGGCAUCUGUCUGUCCUGUGCAGAGCUGGAGGAGCUGAAGAAGAUGUUACCAGAGAUGACACGCUUUGAGCCCACCUGGGAGGACCUGGAACUACUCAAGGACGGGGGCGUGGCUAUCAUCGACCAAUGGAUCUGCGCACAUGCCAGGUACAGCUCCACCAGUCAGUUGAAAGAAAGUGUUGCACAAUGUGUGCAGACUGUAGGUAGGGAGCUGUGACAAGUACACAUGAUGCAGACAUUCUUGUACUUUUCUUUUGUUGAAGUGCACAUGAGCAUACUGUAGUUAAAACAGCUUUUGUUAUCCCCGCAUUCUGUAGGCUACAGUAGGAUAGGGGGUCAUGUGAUACCACUUACAGUAUUGUAAUACUUUUAUUAGCCUGUAAGUGUCCUUUUAAGAUCAUAUUUCUAUCAAAUGUCUGUUAAGGGAAUUCGAUUGUCAGAGCAGUGUAAAAAUAGGCCUAAACAAAUCCUUAAAACAUUUUCCAGGUUUGCUUUACAUCAUCAUUACUCAACAUCAAAAUGUUUAAAUGUAAUACGCCACCCAUGAUAGAGGGAUAAACAGUAUCAUUGAAAGAUACUUAAAGGAGCAAAGAAAGAUCAUUGAAGUUUUUGUGCCCCAUUUUAAACGUGAGAUGGCAGAUCUAGGUGUUCAUGAUAAUACUCUGUACUUCAGACAUACUGUAUAUAUAUAUUGUACUGUAUGUUGUCCAAGAUUCUGCUGUUAAAUUAAGUAAAUAUUUUCAACUGAAAAAACGGAUCAUAUGCGUCAGACCCACACAUUGACUUGAAAGCCAUUGUCCCUUAUAAUCACAUGGUCUGAGGGUGCAUUCCAGUCACAUUCGUUUCUGGAUCACUCCGCUAGAAAUCUGUUAGAGUACUGGAGUGUUAAACACAUCAUUACACUUCUACUGCACUUUAGAACAUUUGCACUGCAUUUAAAUAUAUAUUAUUAGCCUAUUGUGUGUUGUGUAUUUUGUAUGGGGUGAUGUAUUGUAUUGAGGAAUGUGAAGUCUAUUGUAUACUGUAUUUCGUAUGUUGAGGACUUUCUGUUGAUUUGAUACUUGUAAAACGGACUUGCCUUUCUUAAUUGCCCCUGGUGGGAUAAAUACAGUUGCAUUGAAUUCAAUUCCUUCUAUCUCCCUCCCAUUUCCCAGGUAUUUUAUCGGAACAUCUGUGUCGACCUUCUCUUUCCGGAUCCACGAGGAGAGAGAGAUUCUGGGAUUCGACCCCAAAACCACCUACAACCGCUUCUGUGGGGACAGUGAGAAGGAGUGUGAACAGCCUACACACUGGAAAAUAGUUUACUGAUGCAACGACGCAACACCCCUUUCAACACCUCUCAAUGAACAUGCCAAUUGCAGUGUUAACGUGGAGCUUUGUUCUUUUUAUAUAUAUAUAUAUGUUCUAAUAGUGUUUUUUUGUAUAAUGUUUUUAUUGUUUUGAGAAUUGUCCUAACUGGCCUGUAUUGACCACUGUGAAUAGACAAACAAACUUCGAAGACGUUCUAAAGGUCACCACUUUAUUUUCACUCGUUUGCACUCAUGUCUGCUAAAUUUACGUAUAUAAACCAUUGUUUUAUCAAUCAUGAUGGCAGCACCUAUGUGUAAAAAUGAGCAUCAGAUUUGGCUGCAAUGCAUGGUAUAUAUUGCUGCCUUUUUUUGUGUAACAUGAAUUGAAAGAGCAGUGUCUUUCAUUUACUUCUGCCAAUUCAAAGUCUAUUUGGUUGUUUAUCUUCCUUAUUAUGCUGUACCAUAUUUGG